AUGUGUAAUGGCGAGCCGAGCGAGAAGCAGGCCUGUCACGACGGACCACGAAAUGCCUUCUUUGACAUCACUGCGGAUCUGUCCCGGAGAACAGGCGACAAGGUGAUUGGGUGCGCUGUCUCCGGCAAUGGCCAAGGCGUUAACCAGUUGUUCGCCCGAAGUCUGACGCAACAUAGCAUCGGCGGCCACGACGGCAUAGCAAAGCCAGGUCUCAGUAUGUGUAAUGCCUCUGCGCGCUAUAGCGACAGUAACACCGACCUAUACACCGACGAUGAUGGUAGAGAAGAAGUCCUCGAUCGAGGCGUCACUUCAGAAAGCUGCUUCACGUGCUGCUUCGGGGAACCGAGUUCCCCUGGCCGUCUCGAUAUAGUUGGCUAUCUGUUCCUAGACAGCCUGAUGACGGAGGUCAACGUUCUCAGCCAUGUUGUUGCUUUUGAUCUACAAGAUGAGCAUUAA